AUGGGAUCUUCAGUGUUCUUGCUGGUCGUCAACUCUUCUUCCUCACAAGUCGUAGUCGAAGUCACAGCAGAAGACGUCGUACUGCUUCGUCUUGACGUCGUACUUGAACCGCCACGAGUCGACCUCGUCGCCAUCAUUGGAUCUUCAGUGCUCAUGCUUGUCGUCAACUCCUCUUCCUCACAAGUCGUUGUCGAGGGAGCUGUAACUCCACUUGGAGGCUCAACGCCCGGACUCGAGGACCCAGUCAUUGUCGUGGGAUCAGGCUCCUCAGAGCAAGUGGAUGUCGUCAUGCUCGUCAAGGCGGUUGGUGGGGUCCCAGUGGUCGUGACGUCAACAUCAUCAGAAGACGUCGAUUUGGUAGUCGACGUCGUGGUCGAAUCAGAAGACGUCGGACUGGUGCCCGAGACAGAAGACGUCGAACUGGCGGUCGAUGACAUUGAUGAAGACGUUGACGAUGGUGUGGUCGAAGGUGUCGUAAAAGACGUUGUCGAAGACACUGUCGAUGUGGUGGGUAACGUUGUCGAGGAAGAGGUAGAUGACGUGCUGGACGACGUCGAAGGAAACGUUGCUGGUGACGGUGUCGAUGCCGGCAUUGAAGACGUGGUCGAUGACGUUGUCGAUGAGGUGGUUGAUGAUGUGGUCGAAGAUGUGGUCGAUGUCGUAGUGGAUGGCGUCGAGACUGGCGUGGUAGAUAACGUGGUAGAUGACUUUGUCGAAGAAGUGGACGAAUCCGAUGGCGUCGAACUGAUGGUUGAUGACGUUGUCGAACUCGUGGUCGAUGACGUCGUCGAAGACGUUGUGGAUGACGUCGUGGAAGAGGUUGUCGAAGACGUUGAUGAUGCGGACGAGAUGGACGGAGGAGAUGACGUUGUCGAGAACGAGCUAGAUGACGUGCUCGAUGACGUGGAAGAAGCCGUUGUUGGUGGCAAUGUCGAUGACGGAAUUGAAGGCGUGGUCGAUGUCGUUGUCAAUGACGUUGUCGAUAACGUGGUCGACGAUAUGGUCGAUGACGUGGUCGAUCGCCAUGUCGAUGACGUAGUCGAUCGCCAUGUCGAUGACGUAGUCGAUGACAUGGUCGAAGACGACGUCGUAGAUGUGGUCGAAUCAGAAGACAUCGAACCGGUGGUUGAUAACGUUGUGGAACUUGUCGUCGUUGACCUGCUCGAUGACGCGCUCGAUGACGUGGUCGAUGACGUCGUCGAAGGUGGGGUCGAUGGCGUCGUCGAGGAUGUCGCCGAUGACGUGGGCGACGACGUUGUGGAAGACGUGGUGGAAUCGGAAAUCGUCGGGGACGAGGUCGAGGACGUUGUCAAUGACGGCGUUGAUGACUUGGUCGAUGAUGUUGUCGAUUCGGAAGACGUCGAAGUCGAAGGCGUGAAUGAUGACGUGGUGGAUUGCGGGAUAGAAGGCGCUGAAGAGCGGGAAGCCGUAGUUUCAGAACUUGUCGAUGACGUGGUCGAUGGCGUCGCCGAUGCUGUGGUUGAUGAAGGCGCCGAAGUUGUGGACGAUGCGGUAGAUACAGAAGCAGCCGGUGGCGUACUCGACCUCGGAGGCCCCGUGGAAGACGCGGUCGGAGACCCUAUUGAGGACGUCGUCGGGGACUCGGUUGAAAAUGUCGUCGGAGGCUCUGUUGAAGACGCCGUCGGUGGCCCUGUAGAAGACGCCGUCGGAGGUCCUGUUGAAGACGUCGUCGGAGUCCCUGUCGAGGACGUCGUCGGAGGCUCUGUUGAAGACGUCGUCGUCGGUCCUGUUGAAGACGUCGUCGGAGGCUCUGUCGAAGACGUCGUCGGAGUUGCUGAGGACGUCGUCGGAGGCACUGUUGAAGAUGUCAUUGGAGGCCCUGUUGAAGACGCCGUCGGAGGCCAUGUAGAAGACGCCGUUAGAGGCCAUGUUGAAGUCAUCGUGGCUGGUCCUAUUGAAGACUUCGUCGGCGGCCCUGUUGAAGAAGUCUCCGGAGGCCCGGUCGGAGACCUGGUUGGAGGCACGGUUGCAGACGUCGUCGGAGGCCCUGUCGAAGUCGUCGAGAACGAGGAUCCUGACGACGCAGGCGUUGUAGUCGAUCCAGUAGGUGUCUCCGCGUUAGUCGUUUCCAUCGUUCCUCCAGACGAUGUAGGUGGCACAAUAGCCGGAGUACCUGACGAAGGCGUUGUCGAGGACGUGGCUUCCGAAGACGCCGACGUUGUAGUUGACCCAGUAGGUGUCUCCGCGUUAGUCGUUUCCAUCGUUCCUCCGGAUGAUUUAGGUGGCACAAUGGUCGAAGUACCUGACGAAGGCGUCGUCGAGGACGUGGCUUCCGAAGACGCCGACGUUGUAGUCGAUCCAGUUGGCGUCCCCGCGCUAGUCGUUUCCAUCGUUCCUCCGGACGGUGUAGUUGGCACAAUAGCCGGGGUACCUGACGAAGGCGUUGUCGAGGACGUGGCUUCCGAAGACGCCGACGUUGUAGUCGACCCAGUAGCUGUCUCCGCGUUAGUCGUUUCCAUCGUUCCUCCGGACGGUGUAGUUGGCACAAUAGCCGGAGUACCUGACGAAGGCGUCGUCGAGGAGGUGGCUUCCGAAGACGCCGACGUUGUAGUCGAUCCAGUUGGCGUCCCCGCGCUAGUCGUUUCCAUCGUUCCUCCGGACGGUGUAGUUGGCACAAUAGCCGGGGUACCUGACGAAGGCGUUGUCGAGGACGUGGCUUCCGAAGACGCCGACGUUGUAGUCGACCCAGUAGCUGUCUCCGCGUUAGUCGUUUCCAUCGUUCCUCCGGACGGUGUAGUUGGCACAAUAGCCGGGGUACCUGACGAAGGCGUUGUCGAGGACGUGGCUUCCGAAGACGCCGACGUUGUAGUCGACCCAGUAGCUGUCUCCGCGUUAGUCGUUUCCAUCGUUCCUCCGGACGGUGUAGUUGGCACAAUAGCCGGAGUACCUGACGAAGGCGUCGUCGAGGAGGUGGCUUCCGAAGACGCCGACGUUGUAGUCGAUCCAGUAGGUGUCUCCGCGUUAGUCGUUUCCAUCGUUCCUCCGGAUGAUUUAGGUGGCACAAUGGUCGAAGUACCUGACGAAGGCGUCGUCGAGGACGUGGCUUCCGAAGACGCCGACGUUGUAGUCGAUCCAGUUGGCGUCCCCGCGCUAGUCGUUUCCAUCGUUCCUCCGGACGGUGUAGUUGGCACAAUAGCCGGGGUACCUGACGAAGGCGUUGUCGAGGACGUGGCUUCCGAAGACGCCGACGUUGUAGUCGACCCAGUAGCUGUCUCCGCGUUAGUCGUUUCCAUCGUUCCUCCGGACGGUGUAGUUGGCACAAUAGCCGGAGUACCUGACGAAGGCGUCGUCGAGGAGGUGGCUUCCGAAGACGCCGACGUUGUAGUCGAUCCAGUUGGCGUCCCCGCGCUAGUCGUUUCCAUCGUUCCUCCGGACGGUGUAGUUGGCACAAUAGCCGGGGUACCUGACGAAGGCGUUGUCGAGGACGUGGCUUCCGAAGACGCCGACGUUGUAGUCGACCCAGUAGAUGUCUCCGCGUUAGUCGUUUCCAUCGUGUUUCCGGACGACGCAGGUGGCCCAAUGGUCGUAGUACCUGACGAAGGCGUCGUCGAGGAGGUGGCUUCCGAAGACGCCGACGUUGUAGUCGAUCCAGUUGGCGUCCCCGCGCUAGUCGUUUCCAUCGUUCCUCCGGACGGUGUAGUUGGCACAAUAGCCGGGGUACCUGACGAAGGCGUUGUCGAGGACGUGGCUUCCGAAGACGCCGACGUUGUAGUCGAUCCAGUUGGCGUCCCCGCGCUAGUCGUUUCCAUCGUACCUCCGGACGGUGUAGUUGGCACAAUAGCUGGAGUACCUGAUGUAGGUUUGGUGGGCUCGGUGGUGGUUCCCGUGACGCAUGCCUCCGGGUCC